UUCAAACUUCAAAAGCUCACUCAGUUCGCGUCGCUUGCUAGCUAAAGCUGCGAAGUCUGAAAUCGGGUGUUCACUGUUUGUGCUUACAAAAUGAAAUUUCCAAGCGUCUUCUAACAUAAAAAUGUCUAACCAAGCACUAUAUUCGAUUGUUUGAUCUUGAAUGUGGAUGUUUUAUUCAACAUAGUGUACAAAAAUGUGUUUAUAUCGUGGUGUCUUAUUCGUUUUUCUGCUUCUAACCGGUUUUGACGCGUUUGCUGGCGCGAGUGAUCCAGCUCAUCAUUUGGCUCACAAGAUACACGCUCAUAAGUCCAGGAGACAUCGCGCAGCUACUGAUGGCGAGCUUCACUUCGAACCAGCGCCAUACAACAAGAAAUUAGAAUUGAACGGUGUGGGCAAGAUACACUGCAAGGUGGCCGGUGGUGUCGCACCUACAGUGCAAUGGUUUUUGAACGACGAGGAUACCCUCCCAGAAGGAGUGACGUCAUCAAACGGAACUCUCCUCAUAGCUGAAGCGAAGCGGGAGCACGCGGGGCAGUACACGUGCAAGGCUACGGACGGUGAUAAGUCCAUCACCGCCAAAAUAACUGUGGAUGUUGUGGUGGCGCCCAGAGUUCUGGAACCUUCCAACGGGCAGCAGAUACAUGUGCGUAUAGGCGACAACAUAUCGCUCAACUGUCGCGCGAUAGGCGACCCCCCGCCAACUGUACACUGGGACAGAAAUAGGACAAUACUGAGUAGUCAGAAUGAGGAUGUUGAGGUAGAAAAUGGCACAAACGCAUCCACUGCUAGGAUACUCCUCUUAACCAAUGGGACGCUUCUUAUACGUAACGUGACCGAACAAGACUCUUACCGGUACGGGUGUACCGCGGGCAGCGCCGCGGGAUUGGCUAGAGCCGAGCUAGAACUUCUAGUGCAUACAGAAAACGACCUCCCCCCUCAGGAAUCGACGGGAGUAGCUGGCAAGGCAGUUCUAGUGUCUAUAUCAGUGGCUGGCGCCUACAUGGUGUUGGUGCUGGCCCUCAUGGUCUACUGCAGGCGGAGGAGGCUCAAGCGACGGCAGAGGGGUGAGAAAGAAGAGUUGGAAAUGGUGGAAGGGCGAGAGAAGUUGGUAGAAGAAGGAGACGAUAAGAAAGUGCCGCAGAAUGGUGUUCCCGCGCACAACGGCCGGCUCUUGCAAGAGAGAGAUAGCGGCGCAGACGACUCCGAGGUAUCGUGCAUGUCUCGCAUGUCGAAGAAGUCGGGGCGGUACGAUCAGUUGUCGAUACCGAAGUCGCUGAUAUCCGAACAAAUUAUAUUGGGUCGCGGUGAAUUCGGUGAUGUCUGGUUGGCCAAGAUCGAUCUGCUGCAAGUAAAGAAAUUAAGGAACAAAGACGAGAGCGACACGGAGGCUAAAAUCCGACCAAUUUUGGUUAAGGCACUCAGUACUAAGGACGAGACACAACUAGCGGAGUUCCGCAGACAGCUCGAGUUGUUCCGUUGCGUCCGACACGAGAACAUAUCACGCAUAUUCGGUCUCUGCAACGAGUCGGAACCGCACUAUAUGGUUUUAGAACACACGGACUGGGGUGAUCUAAAAACAUUCCUGAUCGCAACACGCUCGGACGAAGAGAACGCGGAGUAUAUAGCGCGUGUCGGCUCGUCCCACGCUCUGCCCAAGCCGGCCCACGCCGUCCCACCGCUGGGACACUUGCACCGAGUGGUUUUGGGCCAGCAGCUGGCCAGCGCCGCCAGCAAGAUAGCCAGCAAGCGGAUGACGCACCGUGACAUAUCAGCUCGGAACUGUCUGAUUACAUCGCAGUUGCAACUGAAGCUGUCUUUCCCAGCGCUGUCUCGAGGGCCGCAUUCGCAGGAAUACUAUAAAUUGCACGAUCAGGUGAUACCACUACGCUGGUUGCCGCCAGAGUCAGUGCUAGAAGGCGAUUAUUCGUCUAAAUCUGAUGUCUAUAUGUUCGCCGCUACUAUAUGGGAGAUAUACACCAAAGCGGAGUUGCCAUUCGCAAAACUGAACGAUAACUCAGUGCUGGAGAGGAUAAAGAGUGGCUCGCUCGAGUGGCCGGUCGCGGAUUCGGUGCCCGAGAAAUUGGGAGCGCUACUUAAACGCUGUUGGAGCAAACUACCGACAGACAGACCGCAGUUUACCGACAUUUGCGAGGAAAUGACGCACAUCGUGCAGCAGAUAACGGCCGAGAACGAGUCGCAGCACUCCAAGAGCGAUUUGAACGAAUGAACGGUUAAGCGACGGUGACCGCGGACGAGUAAUGGAUGGGUGGGUCACUGCUAUUGAUCGCGGCACAAGUAUUUAGUGUAUCACGUAUAAUAUUUACCGAUUUUGCAUUUGACGUAAUAGCGUAUUUUUCAUUUGUAAAUAUCUGGGUUAAGCAACGUUGCGCAUAGUUGGACGGCGGAUGGGUGACCGACGCGUAGACUUAGAUUUCGUAGAAGAUGUAUGAAAAACACUUGUAGUUUUUGUGAUAUCUGCCAGACAAGUGAGAUAUUGUGUGAAACGGAAAUGUUUUUUUUUGUUCGUACUUGGUUAAGGUACCCUUAAUCCAAGUACAAAGUCUGAUGGGUGACUGCGUAAUUAUUUUUUUUGUUAGUUGUGUACAAGUUUAGAUAUUAGAAUUAUAAUAAUUCUUUUAAAUUAAUCAAAUCUUAUACAAUGGAAGUUUUAAAAAAAUAUUUGAUUCACAAGAAAUCUCAUUUAAUUCAAUAUAAGACUGUAUGUUAGUCGUAAUGUAGAAACAAUAAUUGGUAAGUUAUGUUUUUAUUAGUUAGGUAUUGCUUACUGUCGAUAUUUUAACAAUUACACUAUGAUUUCAAGUAAAAAUAACUUUAGUUUCAAACGACUUCAAAAAAGGAUGACAAGAAAAUCUUUUUGACUGUAUUUUUUUAUUUGGUUUUAUAACCUCAUAGCUAUAUACUGGCUGAACUGAUUAUGAUGCUUUUAUUAUUUGAAAACUGGUGCCUGCUAUUCAUUUUUACACCGGUCUCCUGUGGGAGUGUGGUACUUCCCCGAUGCGAGCUGGCCCAAUUCGUGCCGAAGCGUACUCCACUCCACAUUUACAUCCGAUUCUCAGGUUUGAUACGGAUUUUUUGUCAAUUGGUACCAAUUUAGAACCUAGAGCGUUCUGAAGUUAGCAGGCUAGACAGUAACUAGUAUUUGAAUACACAGGCGCAGCCACGGGCGUUAGACUAGUGUUAUAAAUGUACUAAAAAAAAACAUAACAUACCAUUAUUAGAUUUUUUUAUUUAAAUAUAGCUCUUAUUGUAGUCAUUUCGAUGCAUUUACAUUUUGUAUUGUACAUUAUAAAUUUUACAAUAUAGAUUUCUGUAGCAUUUAAUAAGACAUAACCUCAAUCAUUUGAAAACUGUAAUUUUUAUGUGUUCGCUUACAAAUUUAUAAAUAAUUUGAUUUUUGGCGGGAUUUAUGCGAUAAAUGCAUCCCAUUACCAUAGAAUCAUUCAUCUCUUAGACAUUUUUUAUUAUUUUAACGUGGGUGCAGUAGAAAUUUGAAAUUCUACCAAUUACUUAACAAAUUCUACCAUGAGAUACAUACUGACUGACUUAUUUGUAUGUAAAACUUAUUUAAGUUACUAAAUCACUUUUAUUACUAAAUUGAUUUUCAGUAUGUCCUGACAAAAUAUAUUAUUAUUAAUACAAAAAUAGGUCACGAGGCGAGAUUCGAACCUUCAAUUAGAAAUCUUAAAUUAUAUUAUGCUAAAUAAGUAAAAGCAAUUACGUUUUAAAAAUAUACAACGAGUAUUAUAUAAUAUAUAGUUAGUUUGUAUUUUUAUAACGAUUCAUGUUCUUAACGGUCACUUAAAUUUUGAUAAAACUUUUAUUU